AUGGUUUUGAUACCUCCAUCUCAAGCUAUGGGCUUUUGGGGAACACUUCUGGUUUUGAUCUUCCUUGCGCAAAGUUGGGGACAGGAACAAAUAUACAUCAUUUCAACCCCAAUUGUCUUCCGAGUUGGAGCUCCUGAAAAUGUUACAGUGCAAGCCCACGGCCAUACUGAGGCAUUUGACACAACCAUCUCUGUAAAAAGUUAUCCUGAUGAAAAUAUUCGUUACUCUUCGGGCACUGUUAAUUUAUCACCAGAAAAUAAAUUCCAAAACACUACAAUCUUAACAAUUCAGGCCAAACAGUUGUCUGAAGGACAAAACUCAUUUUCAAAUGUGUAUUUAGAAGUCAUGUCAAAACAUUUUUCAAAAAUAGAAAUAAUGCCAAUCAUCUAUGACAACGGCUCUCUCUUCGUUCGCACUGACAAGCCCGUGUACACUCCACAGCAGCCUGUAAAGGUUGGCGUCUACUCAGUGGAUGAUCACUUAAAGCCGGUCACCAGAGAAACAGUCUUAACUUUCAUAGACCCUGAAGGAUCCGAAGUUGGCAUAAUAGAACAAAAUAAUCGCACCGGGAUCGCCUCUUUUCCUGACUUCGAGAUUCCUUCUAAUCCCAAGCACGGUAGAUGGACAAUCAAGGCUAUGUACAGAGAAGAUGCUUCAACAACUGGAACUACAUACUUUGAAGUUAAAGAACAUGAUAAAGCUUACAGAAUAGCUCUCAUGCCCAUAAUUGAUCUGCGAUCCGAGGUGGAAAAGCAAGAAGUGCAUGACAUGUGUCUUCAGCCAACAGAGUGUCUGCAACAGAAGAUAAAUGAACAAGCUUCUAAAUACAAACAUCCAGUGAUAAAGAAGUGCUGUUAUGAUGGGGCCAGACUGGACAUGCAUGAGACCUGUGUGCAGCGAGCUGACCGUGUGAAGAUAGGCCCGAACUGUGUCAAAGCCUUCACUCUCUGCUGUACCAUAGCAUACCAGAUCCUGAGGAACAGCACCUUUAAGCACAUCCCUUUGUCCAAGCAACCACUAGCAUAACUGUCCUCUGAGAGGCUCCACCCAGCAACCAGCAG